AACCAAAAUCCAAAAACCUCGUCAGUUUGGGAACAGCGGAAAACCGGCCCCCCGCCCGCCUGCUAGGUGCUAGCAACAGCAGUCGCCGCCGAUGGGGGUGGACUACUACAAGGUGCUGGGCGUCGGCCGCGGCGCCACCGACGACGAGCUCAAGAAGGCCUACCGCCGCCUAGCCAUGAAGUACCAUCCCGAUAAGAACCCUACGCCGCAGGCCGACACCCUCUUCAAGCAGGUCUCCGAGGCCUACGACGUGCUCAGCGACCCGCAGAAGCGAGCCAUCUACGACCAGUACGGCGAGGAAGGCCUCAAGGCCGGCGCGCCUCCGCCCGCCGCCUCCACGCACGGCGCCGGCGCCGGCGUCCACAGGUUCCGCUUCAACACGAGGAGCGCCGAGGAGAUCUUCUCCGAGAUAUUCGGCGGCGGGUUUGCUGGGGCAGGCCCCCGUACCCCCGGCGGCGGCGUCCCCUCCGGGUUCCCGAUGUUCGGCGGCGCUGCUGGGGCAGGGGAGGCGUCGAGCGCGGCGUCGCAGAGGAAGGCGCCGCCGAUCGAGCGGCCGCUGGCUUGCACCUUGGAGGACCUGUACAAAGGGGCCACUAAGAAGAUGAAGAUCUCUAGGGAUGUCCUUGACGCCACCGGGAGACCAACAAACCGUGAGGAGAUCCUGACGAUCGACAUCAAGCCAGGAUGGAAGAAGGGCACAAAGAUAACCUUUCCCGAGAAAGGCAACGAGGCACGCAACGUUGUGCCAUCGGAUCUGGUGUUCAUAGUAGAAGAACGGGCGCACCCCAGGUUCAGGAGAGACGGGAACGACCUCAUCUACACUCAUAAGAUCUCUCUGGUGGAGGCAUUGACAGGCUGCACAGUCCAAGUGACGACUCUGGACGGGCGGACCCUGACCGUUCCGGUGAAGUCGGUCGUCAGCCCUACAUACGAAGAAGUCGUGCCGGGCGAAGGCAUGCCGAUCACGAGGGAGCCGUCUAGGAAGGGGAGCCUGAGGAUCAAGUUCCAGAUCAAGUUCCCCACUAGCCUAACAGGCGACCAGAAGGCGGCCAUCCAACAGCUUCUGUCUUGAAGCUCUCUCUCUCUCUC